AUGUUCACUCUGUGUAAAGGCUACAGUGACGACGAACAAAAUGAAGAAACAGAAAUAAUCAACGCCGUGUCCGAAAAAAAAAAAUCAUUUGAAGAAAAAAUAUCCUAUUAUAAAUUAAAAGGAAAAGAAGAAAGAGGACACAUAACAAUAUACACAAAUUUAGGGGAGUUCGAAAUAGAAUUGUACUGGUACCAUAGCCCCAAAACAUGUUUCAAUUUUUAUUCAUUAUGUGAAAUGGGUUAUUAUGACAACACCCUAUUUCACAGAGUUAUACCCAACUACAUCAUCCAAGGUGGUGACCCCACGGGCACAGGGAAAGGGGGUAAAAGCAUUUAUGGAGAAUAUUUCGAAGAUGAAAUAAAUAAAGAAUUAAAGCAUACUGGGGCUGGAAUAUUAAGCAUGUCCAAUAAUGGCCCUAAUACAAACUCCUCACAGUUUUUUAUAACCCUAGCCCCUUUACCACAUUUGGAUGGAAAACACACCAUUUUUGCCAGGGUCAGCAAAAAUAUGACUUGCAUUGAAAAUAUGGCCGCCGUGAAGACAACGGCGACAAAUAAACCCAUUUUUGACAUAAAAAUUUUGCGCACAUCCACGGCUGUGAAUGCUGAUUGA